CACAUUUGCAUAUCUUCUGGAAAUCUUAAGAAACCCUAGAUUUCUGCCAUCAGAUUGGUUCCGGCUUUCUUGUUCCUCUCUGUGUUUUCUUAAGUCUCUGAUGAGAGCCAAGUGUAUCACUUACACCACACGAGCACAGGAGUCAGCUAUAAGAAGGAGACCUCAGCUAAUGGUGCAGACAAAAUGGAAGCCAACUACUCCAUCCCUCUGAAUGCAUCAGAAGUGGUGGUCUAUGAUUCUAUCACCUCCAGAGUUCUCUGGAUCCUCUCAAUGGUGGUCCUCUCCAUCACUUUUUUCCUAGGGGUGCUGGGCAAUGGGCUUGUGAUCUGGGUAGCUGGAUUCCGGAUGGCACACACUGUCACAACUAUCUGUUAUCUGAACCUGGCUUUGGCUGACUUCUCUUUCACGGCUACUCUACCAUUCCUCAUCACCUCAAUGGCCAUGAAAGAAAAAUGGCCGUUUGGCUGGUUCUUGUGUAAAUUAAUUCAUAUUGUGGUGGACAUAAACCUAUUUGGAAGUGUCUUCUUGAUUGCUCUCAUUGCUUUGGACCGCUGUAUUUGUGUCUUGCAUCCAGUCUGGGCUCAGAACCACCGCACUGUGAGCCUGGCUAGGAAGGUUAUCGUUGGACCCUGGAUUCUUGCUCUCAUCCUCACAAUGCCUAUUUUCCUCUUCUUGACUACAGUUAGAGAUCCAAGAGGGAAUGUGUACUGUACAUUCAGCUUUAAGUCCUGGGGUGACACUGAUGUGGACCGAUUGAACACAGCUAUCACUAUGCUAACAGCUAGAGGGAUCAUCAGGUUCGUUAUUGGCUUCAGCAUGCCCAUGUCCAUCGUUGCCAUCUGCUACGGACUCAUCGCUGCCAAGAUCCGCAGAAGAGACCUUGUUAAUUCCAACCGUCCCUUACGUGUCCUUACUGCAGUUGUGGCUUCCUUCUUUAUCUGUUGGUUUCCCUUUCAACUGGUGGCCCUUUUAGGCACAGUCUGGCUCAAAGAGAUGAUUUUAGGUGGUGGUUAUAAAAUUCUUGACAUGUUGGUUCACCCAACAAGCUCAUUGGCCUUCUUCAAUAGCUGCCUCAACCCGAUGGUCUAUGUUUUCAUGGGCCAGGACUUUAGAAAACGACUGAUUCAUUCCCUGCCUUCCAGUCUGGAGAGAGCCCUGAGUGAAGAACCUGCCCAGAUCAGUGGUACAGGCACCAAUUCACUUCCUGCAGACAUUGAAAUAAAAGCAAUAUGAGGAGAAGGCUGGAGGAUGCUUUUUGUCUCAUGCUAGUCCCAUUUCACUUUUAUCUUACCUUAAAUUGUCAUAUAGAGCAUUAUUAAUCUGGAAAAAUACUUCUCUGUCCCCUGAAUUGGGGAAAAGAAAUAAAAACCAAAGCUAACAUUGCUGUCCUUUUGGGGCUUUUUCAACAAAGCUUAUAGCCUGGAGUAAGACUAAGAUGGCCAAACAUUACUGUUUGGGUAGGAACUCCACCUCAACCCGUGGCACCCUGGCAUCCCUAUACGCAAAGAGUCUGGAAUGUUUGGAAGGAGUCGGGUGGAAGAUCCACUUGGCUUCCCUCCCCAUCUCAUUCCCUGGACCCACCCUUUCAGAGCCCGCCAAACACAGCUCCUCCCCAGAGAGGUUCAGGACAACUCCCACAGGGGAUAUAUAAGCAGCAUCUCAGAAAACAUACUCGUGAUUCUUCUGGUCUCACAUCCCCAUCUCCUCUUGUGGGGCCAGGGAAUCUCCGGGAGCACUUUACUCAUUAAACCUGAGCUUUUCCUGA